AUGCCCUCCUUUCUCUUCCUCAAUUUCUUCUCUUGUAGUCUCAUGGCUUGGCUGCUCCUCGCCAGCACCAGCAGCAGCAGCAGCAGCAGCAGUUCGGAGGAGAUGGUGGCGGCGGGCGGCGAGGAGAAAACGCUGCGGGUGCUGGUGCUGCUGCCCAAGGACAACGCGUACCUGUUCUCCCUGGCGCGGGUCAAGCCGGCUAUCGAGUACGCGGUGCGGACCCUGGAGGCGAACGGGACGCUGCUGCCCGCAGGCUACAAGUUCCGGCUCUUCUACAACGACUCGGAGUGCGGCAACGGGGCGCUGUUCAGCCUGGUGGACAUGAUCGCCGUGCGGCGGCAGUGGCCCGACCUCCUGCUGGGGCCCGUGUGUGACUACGCGGCCGCGCCGGUGGCCCGCCUGGCGUCGCACUGGAACCUGCCCAUGAUCUCGGCCGGCGCGCUGGCCGCCGGCUUCAGCACCAAGACGGGCGAGUACUCGCACCUGACCCGGGUCUCGCCGGGCUACGCCAAGAUGGGCGAGAUGUUCCUGGAGCUCUUCCGGCACCACAAGUGGACGCGGGUCAUGCUCGUCUACCACGAAGACAAGGAGCAGCGCAGCUGCUACUUCGCCGCCGAGGGCGUCCAUGUGGUCUUCCGCGACGCGGGCUUCCACACGGACGACUUCGCCUUCGACGAGAGCGGGAAGUACACGGACGACGUGACGCGCGCCAUCCAGGGCGGCGAGAGAGUUGUGAUCAUGUGUGCCAGCAGUGACGCAAUAAGGAAUAUCAUGUUGGCUGCACAUCGGCAAGGGAUGACCAAUGGAGACUAUGCUUUCUUCAAUAUUGAACUCUUCAACAGUUCAUCAUAUGGAAAUGGCUCAUGGAAGAGAGGAGACAAAUAUGACCUUGAAGCAAAGCAAGCAUACUCAUCUCUCCAGACAGUCACACUACUAAGGACAGUGAAACCUGAGUUUGAAAAGUUUGCCAUGGAGGUGAAAAGUUCUGUUCAGAAACAAGGAAUCAAUCAUGAUGAUUAUGUCAACAUGUUUGUGGAAGGAUUCCAUGAUGCUGUUGUCCUGUAUGUCCUAGCUUUAAGGGAAGUUCUGAAGAAUGGCUUCACAAAAAAGGAUGGAGAAAAGAUUGUCCAUCAGACAUGGAAUAGGACAUAUGAAGGCAUUGCAGGACAGGUAUCCAUAGAUGCCAAUGGAGAAAGAAUUGGGGACUUCUCUGUAAUUGCAAUGACUGAUCCAGAGACUGGAGGACAGCAGGUUAUUGGGAAUUAUUAUGGCAAACAAGGGCGGCUUGAAAUGUUUCCAAAUGUAAAUUACCCCUGGGAACACAAAUCAGGAAUAGAUGACAGCCGAAGUUUGGAGCAUCCAAGCAAUACACCCUGCAAAUCAUCAGGUGGCCUAGGAGAGUCAGCAGUUACAGGAAUUGUUGUGGGUGCCUUGCUAGGAGCAGGAUUGUUGAUGGCCUUCUACUUUUUCAGAAAAAAAUACAAAAUAACUAUUGAGAGGAGAAGUCAACUGGAAGAAUACAACAUCGGGAAGCAUCGGCAAUUACGAGAAGACUCCAUAAGGUCUCACUUUUCUGCUGCAUGAAGUAGAAAGAAACAAAUCACUUUUGUGGGGGAAGUCUAUGGAAAAUGGAUGCUACCAAAGACAGCUACAGAAAAGAAGCUCAUUAAUGACUCAGAAUUUUAAAAGGAGAGUAACUUUGUUUUAUUUUCUUUCAGAAACUCAGGAAAGAUUUAUUAGCCACAUUAUGCCACAUGGCCUUUUUAUCUUGUAGAAAGGAAAAUGGCAAAAGUGCAGUUUUUCUUUUGGCAAGAAGCUUUAAGCUGUUUAUAUUAAGGGGUGCUUCCAGAUGAGGCUUUUUAUGGCUUUGCCAUAAUUCACAGCCUAAUUCUUUACCCUGCCUCAUUCAUGGAAGUUUAUGGGCAACUCGAUGUUAUUACCUUGUAAUUCUCUUGUGUUUUCUUACCACUUCUAGCUUUUUCCUUAAUGCAAAAAACCCCAUUGAGUAGAAAAAUACAGAAUGGCUGCAGAAUGCCUUCUGAUUGCUAACUGUACAAGCCCUCCAUCUGGAAGCACCCUUGGACAGGAUGCUCUGGACACCUUUUUUGUGUUUGGGAAUGUGAAUACAUUUUCCUGAGGCCUUCUUCUGAACUUCAGAUGGUCCUCUGUUAGCUGCAUCUUACACCAGGUUAUAAAGUUAAUCUCAGAGACACAGAUGCUGCUUCACUGCAGGAACAUGAGUGAGUUCAGUGUUGAAUAGUGGCGCAGGAUGGGAAGGAAGGAAAUGUGUAGCACAAUACAGUAUAAUUUAUAGGGAAAUAUGCAUGCAUUUGUUCCUGGAAUGUAAGAAACCCUAACAUUGAGGAAAGGAAGGAUUUGAUUUUAAGUGGACCUAUUUACGCAAAACAUUGGUUUUGGAGAUUGUUCCCAUAGUGAUUCAUCUGAAAAGAUUCCCUUGCAAAAGUGUUUGGGAUUGGUGUAAACAGGGCAACUGUUUGCCAGUGUUCUUAGGAAAAGACAUUUGGUUUUAUAAGAAAGCCUAUAUAUAUUACAUUUUAUUUUCAGGAAGUCCCCUGUCUGCAUGAUUGCUACAACCUGUGUCUAGGCAUCUUGUCAUAGACAUCAUUGUGGGAUUACACACUCACUGGCACAUGUCUUCUACUGUGAAUCCUUUCGAUGUUUCUUGUCUUAAAUAAGUACAGAAGAUUUGUUGAAAAAAGGCAGAACCUUAAGCCCUGGUCUCUAUAUAAAAUAGCAUGUAGUGAUAGAACCUUGAAGUGGCAAAGUGGACUUGUCACUUCAGAGUGCAAGUGUCUGGGGGAGGGAACCAUUUCUAAGUGCUCUCCUAUAAAUUCCUAAAAGCAAACAAAGCAACUAGCACUUUAUAGAGGAAGAUCCUAACUCUCACUGCUAAGCUGCACUUGAAAAUAUAUCAUUUAACAUGGAACUUGUUCCAGCAUUGGAUUUCUCCCACCUGCAGUUUGAAGAGGUACACUCCAUUCCACUUUGUCCCAUCACAAUCUGCUUUAGAUGUAGAGCAAUUCUUACUCCUGCCAGUGGCUGGAAAUAGGAUUCUGAAGCACCUCACCCUAAUCAUUAUUCACACAUGCAUGCAUACAGUUUGAAGUUCAGGUGUCUUUCCAGCUCCACCUCUACUCCCCUCCUUCCCUACCAGGUUGCCAUGCUGGUCCAUUAAUCUUUGGUUGCCGCCGCUGAUAUUUAAGCUGGUGAAUACAAUGAAAACUUUGACCUGCACAGUUGUGUAGGUGUAAUAGCCAAAUAGAUGACACAAUCCUGGUGACUGCACAAAGCAGCUGUUUUUGAAAACCAGGUCAUUACCCAGCAGUAUGUUCCACUGAAACCUGUGGUAGUUACUUCUGAGAAAAUGAGUAUAGGUACAGGAUGCAGUAGAGCAUCCCAGCUACAAAUUCUUCAACAUGAAGCAAAUACCCCACUGCCACCUUUGAGACCUGUGGCCCAAACUAUGUACAUAUUUAAUAUCAGGUUGUUUUGUACAGUUAAAGGCAACUCAAAAGAUUUUUCUUGCUGUAUAAAAUAUGACAUUCCAGGUUAACAAGUUAUUAUAGGUAUUCUUAUCUUCUAUUUUUGUAUUAGGAAGAAAGUCUAUUUUUGGUCGUUUUAUUUCAUUUUGUAAUGUCAAGGUAAAAGCACAUUUGAGAGCUAUUUUUCUUUUCUUUUUAUGUGAAUGAGCAAAGAACUUCUUAGGUGUAUAUAGAAGUAUCUUUUACCUUGGCAUAUUGGCCAGUCUUCCUCCUCCUCCUCCGUUCUAUGUACAUGGCUCUCUAAUACAAUGGCAAGAUUCCACUGAUUAUGCAGACAUUUAUGCUAAUAUUUCCAGAUGUUCUCUAGCAAAACUUUUCCUUAGUAUCCUAUGACUUUGAUCAGAACUGUACAUGAACCUUUUACUAAAAAGUAAAAGAAACACACUCCUAUCCAUCUUGUUUUCUAAAAAUGUUUUUACAGCAGUUUCCCCAACACCAGCAACCAACCCCAAAACUUUCAACUAUCAAGAAGCUUUUUCCAGAUCCUCUGCUGAGGAAGUCUUGUAUGCUUGCCAAUAAAACCAGCUAGUGACCGCCACAGAUGCUAUCUCUGGCACUCCCAGCCAUUCACAGUACUUGCAAGAUGCUACCUCCACCUGCUCCCUGCUUUUAUUGUGGUCCCAUGUCUCCCACAAGGAAAAGUGUUAGUUCUAUCUCUAUGUGUCUCCAUUCAUCUUUUGUCUUUUUGCAGCAUACGCACUCACUACCUGUUGAACCCAGAACAUUGCAAAAGAUUCUGGGGCACUUUCUAGACCAGGCUAUACAUUCAGCUCAUGCAGGAAAUUGACCAAUCAAGUUUGGCCUUGCUGAUAUCCUGUGUGAAAACAGAGUGUACAACUUAGAGCCACAAUACAACCAACCUUCUGCUGUGGCUGCAUUAUAGGGGAAGAUGGAGUACUAGCUGUGUUUCAGGGAAGCUUGUCUAUUCUUGCUGAUCUUCUUACUGAGGACACCCUGACAACUUCUAUACCAGAGUUCCUUGGUAAAGCAGUUUUAAAACCACUGGUUUAUAUUGUAAGUAAUCAAAGUAUGCUUCACUAAAAUGGAUUGUGGAUGCAAACAUGCAAAAACAUAAAAAAUAAACAGGCUAAUAUAGCACAAGGUUCACUGUUCUUAAAUUGAAUCUAAUGAAAAAAAGCUGAAACUAAAGCAAAUUUCUUUGUCCAAUUGAAAUCAGAGCCUUUAUACACUGGAUUGUGGCCACAAUAUACAAAUUGGACCCAGAAGGAUGGUCUGAAAUUUAACCUAAAUACUACACAAGAACCUACAUGUUCACACUAAGCCAACUGAAAAAUACAUUAGUUUGGAUACACAUUUUACUGAACUGGCAGCUUUUGUUUAGGGCAUCAAGUUUUUCAGCACCAUGCAGGCCUUCAGAAUUGUUCACAUUUGCCAAAAGAAGUCAGACUAAUAAAAAGGAUAAUCUCAUCAAUAUCUUCUAUUAUAUAGUUCUUCUGAAAUCAGAAUACUGGUACAAAAAUAAUAUCAUGUUAUCAUGAUAUUGCACAUGUUGUAUUUUAUAAUUUACGUCACUGCACUGAUAGAAUUCUGGCAAACAUCAGGAUCUGCCUAAGAAAUCAGGCUCCCAAAUGUCUAUAAAAAUUUGCUUUAUUUUGACAAUAUGGCAUCACACAGAUCUUGAAUUCUGGUGAAGCUUAUUCAGUCAAUCACUGAGGUGUAUCUCUGAAUUUUUAAAUUUGGAGCAUACAUAUUCUAUUGACUCACUCAUAUUCAUUUUCAGGGCUAAAAGACCAUGCUUUGGUUUCUUUCUUCAUUUCUAAAGUACUUGCUAAUUUAGGGUGCAGUCCUAAACAUGCAUAGGAUUGCAUGCUUAAUGAACUAGUAAUACAACCAUUUGAUCUUUAUCAGAAGGAUACUAAUGGAUCAGGUGACUUAAGAAACUUUUUUAGUCUCAUCAUUUGGACCUUUUGGGGCAUGUAGCCUUGUAUAAAUGUUAUGAAGAGAUGAGCACUGGAACACUAAGGGUACGUCUCUAUAAGCUUAUAUUUAGAGGUAGGUCCAAUGGCUUACUCCUAAGUAAAUGGGCAUAGAAUUGCAUCUUAAUUAUUUAUUUCCAAACUCAAAUGCAUAAAUAGUGGCAGAAUUUAUCUACCCUUGACCACACACAUUCAGUUGACUGAGUUCAACUGAAAUCAAUAAGAUUACAGAUAAGAUUAUAUAUGAAGGAGAGUUGAAAAGUUAGAAGCCCAACAGCUGAGACUGGGCUUGUAAAAAUAACUUUUCAACCAUUCUUCAUAGGUUCUCAGUCACUAAAAUACAGCAUUUAGGCUAUAACUCUAUGCAAAGUCCUAUUCAACUCAAUUUACAUCUGAGUGGACAUGUAUACAGUUGCACUGCAUUUUCCCCUCUUAUAUUCCUCAAGACCAUUCUAGACUUAAAAGAGAUCCUAACUGCAUGCAAAAAGAAAAAAAUCCGAUCUUUAGCAAAAAUCCUGUAUUCCUUAUUUUACUACUACUACAUUUUUUACUACAUACAGUUUUUGCAAUAUAUUACAAAAACAAAUGCAUGAAAAGCUACUUUAGUAAACAUUAGAAAGUGUGGUAAAAAUACAGGUAUAUUUGCAAUUGGAUUAACUGACUUCCCAAAAUAUCUUUUUGACCUGUAGAUUUAUUAGUUUACCAAGAACCAAAAUGCCUGGUACGUAUAGAAAAAUGAAAUAAAUUUGUAGUGUUACUCAGUUAACUCAUAUAACACUAAGAAGUCAACAGGUUCAGUAGUUGAUAGGGUUCAGUUUAGACCUAAUCUUAUUUAGAAUAAAUCUAUUGAAAUUAUUGAAGCUUAUGUUAGUCUAGAACCAACUGAAAGAUGGAUGAAAUGAAUCAAGUGGCAAUUAGGCCACAAGUAAAGUACUCUCAGGAGUGGUACAUUUGAAAGCAUUGAUAACAAUUCUACAAACUAUAGAUAUGUCACUGCCUCUAAAUGCUGCAGGGAACUUUUUAUCAGGAAUGAGGAGUAGGCAUGAUUGGACAGCUACUGAUGGCCACACCUAACAAGGGCCUACUAGAGUUGCUCUUACUGUUCACCAUUUCACCCUACUUAUUCACCUGCCUUUCAAUGGCUUCACUUUGGUAAGGAGCAGCAGCAGCAAGUCUUGACCAAGAACUCUCCAAAACUUCCAGCCAGUACUUGGUGCAGUAAAGAGAAUCCCUGUGGAUUUAGCUCUAAGGAAUCGGAAGAAUAAAUAGAGAAAACCUUCUUGCUUUAUGUAGAUGUCUUACCUUUGAUCUGAAAAAUAAAGUCGAAAUGAGGCAUUCUAAACCAAUUAAUUGAUUUGUAGAAACUUGAUUUUUUUCAAUAUAAAAAUAUUCCUUUCAAAGGGAGCUUGUUACUGUUGCAUGCAAAUAUUUUAGCAUAUAUAAACAAUUUUCUUGAAAGGGAUACCAUUCACAUUUUACAUAAACCACUAAAGCUAAUGAUGUACAUGAAGGGCAAAUAUUCUACUUUUUUUGAACUGCCAAGGUUUAUAUAGUAAGCUACAGCAUUUCUUUUAUGAAGAUUCAUGUGGAGCUGUAAAAUAUUUUUAAAAUAAUUUGCUUGCUUGGUGUUUCCAUUGUGUAAUUUUUUUCUAAAAGACACUUGAGCAAGUAAAGGAAAUGUAUUCCAUUGGGCAUUUUAAAAAAAUCUAAGCUGGAAUGCAGAAGGACAUAGAAGUAUACCUGAUCAUGGACAUUAUCCUUAAUCCACAUAUUCCUGAGUUGCUACUUCCUCUGACAAGCAUGUCACAGCACAGAUCACAUAACUAAAUCUUUACAAGUAUCAGUCUGACCAGGUGAGAACAAAUAUAUGCUAAAGUAAGUUAUGCUAUCUUGAUUGUGUUGAACAAUGGAGGCUUCAAAUUACUUGUCAGCCAUGAGAAGCUAGUGGAUGUCAUUCUUGAAUAAACUCUUACAGACCACAUAAAUUCACAAUGUGUCCUUUAUGUAUCUCCAACUAUCUUGUGCAAACAGUAAAAAUUAAUUGCUUAUCAGUUAUUAAGGAUAAUUAUAUGUUCAUAUUUAGUACUGUGUACUGCUUUGGAUGCCAUUUGGGCAGGUGUGUAUUUUGUACAUUCUUAAAUGAAGAAUGUAAAAUCCUAGUGGUAUUAACUAUUCUCUGAUAUAUCA